UGAGAGAGAGACAUUCACAGAGACCGAUCGUGAUCUCUCGCUCUCAAACCCUCCUCUCUUCACUCACAUAGACUUUCAAGCGGACACGAAAGGACUGUAAUAUUUUUUUUGUCCUGAUUGUUUUAAUCUGUAUAUUUGAGACGCGUGUCGUCAUGCUCAUGUCGCUUGAUUUACUGCGUUUUACUGCCGUCUAACAAAAGUUAAAUGCUGCCGUUUUGAAUAAGUCGCCAUCGCACUGCGCAAUAUAAAUACGUUUUCACAGGAGGACAUUUUAUUCGCAUCCAGUGUGAAAAAACUGAGGAAAGGUCUUUGCACGACAGCAAACGGAGAGGAUUUGUGUUACGAGGCUUAAGUCGCGUGAAGCUCUUUCGCAACUGCCAACAAAAUGUCUGCACCUGAUGCCAGUGCGACCCCCGGAGCCCCUGGGGCUCCAGAGGGUGAGGGAGGCCCUGCCGGACCUCCCAACCUCACCAGCAAUCGCCGUCUUCAACAGACACAGGCCCAAGUAGAUGAGGUGGUGGACAUCAUGCGUGUGAAUGUGGACAAGGUUCUAGAAAGAGAUCAGAAGCUGUCAGAACUGGACGACCGGGCAGAUGCGCUGCAGGCCGGAGCAUCGCAGUUUGAGAGCAGCGCUGCUAAACUGAAAAACAAAUAUUGGUGGAAGAACAUGAAGAUGAUGAUCAUAAUGGGCAUUAUUGGGGUCAUCAUGAUUGGUGUCGUUUUCAUGUACUUCUACUACUAAGCAUCUCUUGGGACACACAAGGACAGGAGACUCUGGCAGCAGAGCUCGAGCUUUGUGUGAACUCAACUCCACCCCUCCAUCUCUCCCCACCAAUACCUUUCAUUCGAUUCACAGUGUGUGUGUAUGCAGUCGUUGACGCAGUGCCUCUCCCUCCUAUUGUCCAUCACUGCUUUCCAUUGCAACUCUUGACUGCUUCGCACCAGUGCCCGAGCGUACUCAAGAAACUCUUGGUUUGGAAAAUCUGUGGUUUGGGAUUUGUCUCGGUCCUUAUCAAAACAAAAUGGGUGUGAUGCAAUAAUCUAGAUCUGGAGCACGGGUCCAAAUGAUCUCGUUUAAUACUAAACAGAUGGAAAAUUUACGCAUUUAUGCACCAAUGCCAAAGCUUAUUAUUUUUCCCACAGUGGUCCUGCAAGAAUUUUCAUUUGAAGAAAAUUGAUAUUUCUUUCAUUGGUUGCAUACAAAAAUAAUCUUUCCCAUUUAGGUUUUAAGAAAACAACGUUAUUUACAUGAUGGACCUUAAAACCUGAAGUGCAGGCCAGUCAUCAUGUGUAAUAAAUAAUGUGACAACGUGUACUACACAUUGUGAAUCCAAAGGUUAAGUGUAAAGGUUGCUACUUUGUAUGUAGUGACUGUUAUUAACAGAUGUCAACCAAAAGAUCAGCAAAAUCACAAAGGAAAAAAAUAAGACAUGGUGCAAAAUGAAGAAAGCAUCUAAUAUAAUCAGUUGCCACAGUAUUAAAAAUGCACUAAAGCUUUGGUAUUUUGUGACACAAUGACCCAUGUUAAGCAACUAUUAUAGUAAGUUAUACGCAAUGCAAAAACUGCAAGGAAUUUGGUCCCAUGAUAUCUUUGCAAUGACUGAAUAUGAAUCAGAAAGACUCGUUUAAAUGUAUUUGAGUAUUUGUAAAUAUUUAGCGUGGGAGCAGGUACCCCAUCAGCACUGGAGUUAACAAAUGUUCAGGGAUGCACCACUGCAUGUGUUUGUGUUAAAUAUGCAUUAAAUGGGCACUUUAACAACCAUCAUCAUAGUGAUUCUAAGUUUAAUGACAGAUAUGGACAUAUUGUCCAGCACCUAAAGAAAGCAAAUUUGCUCUUUUUGUUGUGUUCCACGAGGAAAUUAAUGCAAGAUCGUGUGUGUGCGCGCAGAAACCCCCGCAUUAAUUCAAUUUGCCAAUCUAAUCGAAUGGCAGUGAAUGUCAUUUUCCUGUUAGAUUCCUGAAUGCAUUCGGGAAUGUAGUGUUUUAUGCAAGCUAUUUGUAAAUAUGUGCUGCAGAAAUGCAUAAAAUAACAGCUGUCCCUGAGCAUUCUGAGCCGAGCUGCUAACUUCUGUGGUUUAUUAAAGCAUGUCUGCUUGCCCACCAUGUGCUAAUUCUAAUAAAGUGAUUAUGCUCUUA